UUCCUUCCUCUUUUCACGAUUGCUUCCUCUGUUCUCAUCUCCAAUUUUCCCCGACCAAUAUACUCUCUCUCUGUUCCUUUCCAGUCUUAUUUAUUUCCCUUCUUGAAUCUUCUUCUUUCUGGGUUUUGCUUUUCAUAACCCUUUUGUGGGUUGGGUUGUGCGUUGGCAUGGGUUGAUUUCAAUUUCCCUUUCCAGAGUUUUCUUGUUCAUUCUUGGUUGUCAUGAUUGUGAGGGGUUAAUUGAGUUGUGUUUGGUUUCUGGGAAUUUGCUUUGUCUUGAUUCCUUUCCAUUCAUGAUCGGAUCGCCCAUCACUUUUUAAAACUUUUCUCAUCUGGGUUUCCUCUGAAUUCUGAUUCCUUUUAUCAAAUCUUUUUUACGACUUUGGAUUCAAAUCACUCUCUUGACCGGAUUUAGUGCCGGAUUUCUGCGUUUGAAAUUGCCAUCUGGGUUCUCUAUCAAUCACUUACAAUUCAAUUAAGUUUACUCCACAGAUCCAAUACCCAAACACUGAAUAUUGUGUGGACGAUUUUGGAGUAAAUUGGGUUUGUUUGAAAGUUUUCAGCAAAAUGUUGAGAUCAGAGUUCUGUGAUGUAUCAAUGUCUUCCCCAACAGUGGCUGAUGAUCUGCACAUGAAGCUGCUAUACUUAGAAAACAGAGUUGCAUUUGCAAAAUUAUUCUUCCCCACUGAAGUUAAGCUAGCCAUGGAUAUUGCACAUGCUGAGACAUCCGAGUUUGCCGGUCAUUUGAACGAAACACCCCUAAUGCAGAAGAAAGGGCUCCUCUCAAGAAUGCAGACUCUUUCAAAAGCAGUGGAGAUGGGUCGACGUUACUUCCCACAUUGCUCAGAGGUGUUCGACAAGUUCAUGGAGGACGACCUAACUGAUUUGUUUUACCUAGAGAAGGGGACUCCAGAGGAACAGUUAAUUAAGAGGAAGCGCUUUGUAGAGCUCAAGGAAGACGUUCAGAAGGCAUUUAACAAGGACAAGGCCGAGCUUCACCGUUCUGGCUUGUCUUCCUUGUAAUCCUCGUCUUCUCUGAGAAACGGUGUGAUUUCCAAAUUUAGAAAAUUGUGUUGAUAUGACAAAUGUCUCUAAUAAGUUUGACAACAUAUAUAUGUUCCUGAUUUUGAUGAUAGUUAUAGUGAGAGCCAGUUAAGUACGGGCUCUAUUUGUGUAAUAUCUUUAGAAGAGCAAAGUUAGCUCCAUAAAACACCCCUUGUGUAAUUGAGCUUGGAAAUUCACUUACAAUUACUAUUUAUAGGGAAAUGAUUUGCUUUUAUCAGUUAA